AUGCACUGCAAAGAUUCGCUCUCAUCUGGCUCUUCACUGUCUGAGACGACAACGUCCGACAGCAGGAUAGACUCAAAGACUCCGGCAGUCUCGACUACUGUGCUGCUUUCCCAGACCGUCACAGCUGUCGCUGCUUCCGGGCCGUCGCCGAUUGCGCGUGCGGACCCCAUCGCUGUCUCGCACUCCAGUGCCGCUGCCCGGGGCUGGUCUUGGUUCCGCACCGAGCUUUUCUGCGGCCUGGCCGUCUUGGCGCCCGUCGCCAUCGUCGUGGGCGCGCUGCAUUGGCCAUCGCGGGUCGUCUUUGCGCUGAGCGCACUCGGCCUGGCCGGCCUCGAGGUGCUCGUCAGCACGGCGCUGGAGCGCAUGUGUCUGGCACAUGCUGACCGGAACUUGCUGGCAGCCGCCUGUCUCGAGAUACUCCCCAGCAUCUUUCCCACAAUGAUCGGCAUCGUGUCGCUCGUGUCCGACGAGAUCAAUGUUGCCAAGUCGUUUGUCAUUGGUAACGUCCUGAACAACAUUUUGCUAGGCACCGGACUCUCCCUCUUCCUCGGCGGCUUCAAGCCCGACAAUGAGGGCUAUGCUCAGCACGUCAGCAAGACGGCCUUUGAGCUGGUCAAGCUCACGCUGAUCUCGACCUCGCCCGUCAUCAUGGCCUGGGCGAUGAUCUACGUCAUGACGUCACAGACAGAGCUGGCGGUCCUCAACAGCGACGGUGUCGUCGUGAGCAUCGAUGCCGUUCAGGCUGAUAUCAACACGGAGGUCAGCCCCGCCACAGCGGCCGCCAUCCGCGGGAUCUCGCACGGGACCGCGGUCAUCCUGCUGGUCGUCUACGUGGUCUGGGUCCUAUUCCGCCGCGUGACGCACCGUGACUAUUUCGCCGACGACGAUCGCAGCCGUCAGGCCGCAGCGACGAUUGUGCAGCAGCAACGGGGUGUGUGGCCGCUGCUACGGAAGGAGGCUGAGGGUAACACACAGACGACGACAGAUGGUGAGCAGUCACGGAAGUCACGGCUGUCUGCAGCAAAUAUCACGCAGACUGUCGCUUUUGCUGCUGCCUUUGCAAUGGCCGUAUUUUGCAGCCACUACCUCGUAACCAGCAUCGAUCCGUUGGUCGAGGAGUCGGGACGGACCGGCUCAGCGGCCGCCUCGUCUGUGCGCCGCCAUUUUGUAGCCAGCAUCCUGCUGCCGCUCAUCGUCAACCUCUACAGCGAUGUGCGGGCAGCCGAGCUGGCCAGCUGCGGCGGCCGUGACAUCAGCCUGGCCGUGCAUCUGACGUACGGCGCCGGCGCCAGCUCCAUCCUUUUGACGCUGCCGGUUUUGGUGGUCAUCGGUUGGACUGCCGGCCACACGCUGCUGCUCGACUUCAGUGCCUUUGAUGUGUCCAUCCUGGCUGGCGGCGUGUGGGCGACGUCCAUCCUGACGACCAACCAGGUGGACUACUUUCGCGGUUUUGUCUUUCUGUGCCUAUACGGAAUCCUGGCGCUGGCCGUCUUCUUAUUCAAAGAAUGA